UCACAAUGGAAUCCGGCAGCGGCUUCAUAGAGGUAAGGGUAAUUUCCUGCAAGUCUCUUAGGGCAUUCAACUUCUUCCAGAAGCUCUCAGUCUACGCACUUGUUUCCAUCGCCAACGACGAUGACGACAACGUUGAUCGGAAACAGCCUCAGAGGACACCCACUGACCGAGAAGGCGAUGGGAAUCCCGAGUGGAACCAUACGAUUCGGUUCAACUUGUUUUGUGAUUGCGAUAAAUACUUCCUACACUUUGAUCUGUACCACGAAGGAGCCAUGUUUGGGGACAAGUUCAUCGGCGAAGUUGUUGUUCCUUUAGUCGAUCUGGUCCAGAAAUCUAAUAAUGGGUGUGUUAGAUUCGUCACUUAUCAGGUACGGACUAGAGAUGGAAAAUCGAAUGGAACGUUGGAUUUCUCUUUUAAGGUGAAGAUUGGGGAGGCUCAGGGUUUGAUGAAGAUGGAAUCUCCGGCGAGCCUCCUAACUGGAUAUCCUGAAACUGAGAGCGGAUCUCCGAGAGUCCGAUAUCCAGUUCUAGAUUUAGAAGGUAUGUUGGUGCAGGAUCUGAAUCCGCCGCAAAAUGGUUACUAUCCGCCUCCCCCGCCGUAUCUUCAUCCACCUGCAGCCGUGGCACACGGAGGGCGUUAUUGUUAUCACCCACCUCCUCCCCCUGGGUCCUAUAUGUGGGGGCCCUCCCUUUACGGUAGUUAUGCAGCACAUGAUGGGACCCAGCUCGCCUGCCCAGAUGAACCAUUUGAGACGUGGGCAAAUGGUUAUGGGGUAGGUGGUGUGGGAGGAAACUACCAUUCACCUUCGAGGAAUAAUUGGUGAGAUCGAUUUAAAAGCAUUUUUUUCUGAGUCGCAAUGUAUUAUUUUCCUUUUUUUUUG